GGGUAAAUUUCUUUAGCUUUGCCUGUCAGACAAAAAGACGGGUUUCAGUUCACAAAAUUUUCAGCUAGAGGCAGCUGAGGGACGCGGACAACUUCAUAGACAGCAUGGCUGCGGAAGGCGAGAAAAAGCGAGUCCUAGAGAUGGUCCAGGUUGAUGGGGCAGAUGAGGGCUCCGUCACAUUUGUGAUGCAUGAUGAAGACCAUACCCUGGGAAACUCCCUGCGAUACAUGAUCAUGAAAAAUGAGUGUGUUGAGUUCUGCGGCUACACCAUCACACAUCCAUCUGAAAGCAAGAUUAACUUUCGAAUUCAGACAAAAGAUGGAACUCCAGCCAUUGAGCCUCUUAGGAGGGGCCUAAAUGAGCUCUGUGAUGUUUGUCAACAUGUUCUCAACACCUUUGAGGCAAAAGUAAACGAGUUCCAAGAGAAGCAGGAACAACCCAUGGAGUGAAAAAAGAUCAUCUUGCAAAAUGACUUUGUCAUAUCUUCCUGUGAAUAUGUUAUUUAUAUGGUUUUAUACAUAUGCAUUGUACAUAAGCCAUGGCGCAUUCCAACAUUUGUACAGGCUCUGUUUUUGUGAGCAAAUUACAUUUUCGUAUUUCAUCUUAAAUUGUUGGCAUGUGGAGUAAAAACAUGACAUUAAACUUAAGAACACAGAUGUUCAUUGUCAACUCAUUUUCCCUCCUUCCACUCCCCUAAGACUGACAUUCUGCGAUAUUUAUUGUCGUGAGUGCUCAUGUAUCAAUUUUUUUGAGGGAACCGUGCGGCACCAAAUUGCUUGCAUCUGUCUUUUCUGCAGAGGUGUUUCACAUCUGUAGGAAACUUUUGAAGUUCAGCGUCACUAAUUAGCAGAAGAAUGUGGUCUGAGGGAAUUUUUGUACUGUGCAGCCAAGACGGGGAAAACGAAUGAGGCGAGUGAAGUGUAAAUAAUGGGGUUAUUUGGCGUUAAUCAUGUCUGUCUGUUUGCUGCGUGCAAGGGCACAGAGGGACUUGGGAAUAACUGUCACUGUUUAUUUGAUGUUUUCAAAAGGGAACAAGAAUUCAACGUCCUUUUUCUGUUCAUUUGCUGUAACAUUUUUCUUGAGCGUUUGCCUCUCGGCCCUGCAACAUUUCCAUGUGUUGAGCUGAUUUGCCUCGACAGACAUGUUAUGUAGUCGCAUCAUUGAGGAUGGACGUCCUGAGUAGUGAAGCCAAGGCUGGACAGAGCCACCUCCAAGUGGGCCAUAAGAUGUCUCCUGUUAGCGUCCAACCAGUAACGAAUCUCCCGCUGUACCCCUCAGACAAACAUUAUAUGUAGUGUUGGGAGUAAUGGUGUUAAAAUAUGAUGCCAUUACUAAAGCCUUUACUGUUUUCCAAUUUAAAACAUUACAACGCUGUUACCGUUACCGACAGUGAAAUGUGGUACGUUACUUUGCACGGAUAUCUAACAGCUUAUAUCCACUCGCCGCCUCGAUCAGCCAAUGUAUAGGAAAGGAGCCGCAAAAAUGUUGUGUUUUUUCUGAUUGUCCUGCUUUGGUGAAGUGGGAGGGGUGACAGACGCGAAAGCUGAUGAAAAUGAGUGAUUGGCUUAAGGUACAGUAGAAUUUCAUGGUAAGCCAGUCAGUUAACAGGGUUCUGGUAGGAGGGUGUUUUUACAAACCUCAAUGCGACACGACCACACGAGAACGAGAUGCAAGCAACAGUCCGAAGCAGUCUGUCGAUUUAAAGGGUUUAAUGUCAGGAAGUACAGGAGCUACUUCAACGUCACACAUGUUAAAGGCAUGAAUAUACAUGUGAAGUGCACACGAUGUCCCAGAGCGAAGUGUUUGUCUGUGUCGGUUGUGAGUAACUCUAAAUGUCAUCAAACUACACUACAAAGAUAAAUCCCAAUUCUUUUACAUAUUUGAUAAUAAUUACAAUAAUUACUUUCACUGAUAAAUACCGGUAACUACAUUUAUGAAAGAGAAAUUCUGUGACUAAUUCAAUUACAUUUUUGGGAAAGUAACAAUAUUUACUUUUUAAAAGGAAGCAGCCAACACUGGUUAUAUGGAGCAAGACUUUCCUGUGUGCAUUUCAAAGAGAUGCUUGCCUUAGCAAUUUUGCAGCUGCUCAUAGACAAAAUGUACUGAAACUGAAUGUCCGUAUUAGGGUGACCAUAUUUUGAUUACCGAAAACCAGGACACUUGGAACCCGGUAAUGAGAUACUCAAAUGAUAGCCGAAGA